AUGGACACCGCACCACGACUCUCCUGUUCGCUCUCUGCCCUGCUCCUGCUCGCAAUCCUGUCCUGCUCUGCGGGGGACGACGCCGACGCCGACCCCGACCCCGACCCCGACCCCGAUGCCCCGCCGUGCUCGGAUUACCAGCAGGCCUUCGACGGCUCCUGCUACGAGUUCGUGAGCAUGCAGCGGACCUUCCUCGCGGCGCAGGGCUGGUGCGAGCGGGGCGGGGGCCACCUGGCGUUCGUCCUCAACGACGAGACCCAGCAGUUCCUGCAGAGGCACCUGGACCCGGGCUGGGACUGGUGGCUCGGACUGGCGCCCACCUCACAGAACCUCACUCUAGACGCCACUGCUGACGGUCCCCUGGCCUGGCUGGAUGGCUCUGAUGUGAGCUAUUCCAACUGGGUGAAGGACCCCCCGGAGGCCGCCGGCUGCAGUCACAUCCUGAGAGACUCUGGGUUCCAGUGGGAGGCCACCCACAACUGCAGCCAGGAGCUGUAUUUCGUCUGCGAGUUUGAGUCGGGCCGCACUCUCGCCUGCGUGGACCAAAAUGCCACGCUGCAGUGCGGCUCCGGCCAGGUCAUCGAGAUCGACGACAGCUUCUACGGCAGGAAAACGCUUCACUACUGCAGGGCGAGCCCAGGUCCCACAGCCUCGCCCUCCCAGGAGGAGUGCAGCUGGGUGGAUGUUGUGGACCUGGUAGCAGGACAUUGCCAUGGGCUUCAGGUGUGCCAGGCCGCAGCAGACGUUUCGUCGUUUGGGGAGCCCUGUCCUGGACUAGGAAGCUACCUGUCAGUGGAGUACCACUGCAAAGAUGGUCUACACUUACUGAUGACCAAGCUGGCCGCUGUCUUCGACAAUGUCACCAUUACAGUGAAGUGGCUGCUCCACCCAUACCAGGGCAACCUCACCUGUACCCUGAGUGCUGGUGAUGGGCACACUAUCGACCCCUACAGUCCAGAGAAGGCGGAGAGCAGCAUGGUUCACAGGUACACCCGGCCCGGUGUUUUUGUUGUGGGGGUGGAGUGCACCACCAGCGAGUGGCAUGUGACGGCCCAGAAAACCGUUACCAUCCAAGAGCCAGUUGGCGACUUUGGCGUCAUCAAGUGUUACAGUUUGAAUCAAUCAGACGACAGCACAAACUGCAAGACCCUUUAUGGAAGCCCCUUGAAAAUCCAGGUGGAGCUGGAAGCAGGAACCAACAUCACAUACAGGGUCCAGAGCGGAGAGACCACCCUGGUCACAUCAGCAGCAUUAAGAGGCAUCAACCCUCACAACCUCACCGUGGGCCCGGACACACAGCUGCAGCUGGGGCCAGGUUGCCACCAGCUGACCCUCCUGGCCUCCAAUGGGGUGACCGCUGCAGACAUCUCCAUGACUCUGCUGGCCUGCUUCCUGGAGCCUGUUGGGGGCCUGCAGGCGUCCCUGGUGUCUGAGGAAGCGUCAUGCCCUGGCUCCAACCUCAGCAUCUCAGUCAGUAUCUCACUGGCCCACGGGGCCCCCGUAAAACUGCACUUCCUGGUUUCAGGCACCAACGCCAGCCUCUCCGCAACAAAGGAGAUGAGCCUCUCUGAGACGAGGGAGAUGACAAAUGGCAGCCUUCAGGAGUUCAGCAUUAUGACAGGUGUCCAAGGAACCUUUCAAGUGAGGGUCAGAGCAACCAACAACUUAUCUGAGAUGGAGCUGGAUGUGGGAAAUGUAACCAUGUUAUGCAAUAAUUCUGAAACAAACCAGGAUGAGAACUCGAGUGAAGAACAUUCCAGAUUUCCUCGGGACAGUCCGGUGAGAAUCACGGCGGAUCCUGACAAUCCAGUCAUUGGCACCCAAUCUGUGACACUAAAGGUGAAAAAUCUGAAAGGAUCAGCUGAUAAAUACAAUUUCCAAUGGGAAUGCACCGGCAGCUGCCAGCCUUCAUGCGGCGCAAACACAGAUAGCGAUGAGCUGGAGAUCACGGGUAACUGCCUUCCAGACACAUUCGCCUUUGCAAAGUACUCUGUGACCGCAACAAAGAAAAAUGGACAGCCGAACUCCGAUACAGCAUCCAAAUGCAUCACUGUCACCCCACAGAACGACCUGAGUCUCAGUAUCAGCUGUUCUGCCUGCAACCCAGUAAAUGUCAACCAGGACCUUCGACUCUAUCUCACAUGUCAAGGCUGUGAGACAAUUCAGUGGUACAUAGAGUCCAAUGAUGAAGAAACUGAGGACUGCAGUGAAAGUACGAAACAGGGAAAGUCGGGUUCGGCCAAGUACCUCAUCAACCUGAACUUUCCCACCGAUGCUCCAGCCACCCCAGCCCCUCCUACCACCACUCAAACCAAGCAGCCGCCGCCUUCUGUGACCACCAAAGCCAACACUCCCGCAGGGCCUGCCAGGCCUACUGGGCCUGGUAGGCCUACCGCACCUCCUGCCCCCAAUUUGGCACCAUCUACAACACCCUCUCGGGCUUUACCCACCACCACCACCACCGCCUCCGCCCCCACGACUCCGGGCCCCCCCACCUGCAGUGUCACCCCCCUGGAGGGGACGAUCCUGACACCCUUUGCCAUCAGGUGCACCACACCCCAUCGGUUCUGCUCAGGUGGACCCUGUACGUACUGCUUCAAGACCAGCAAAGGCAACUACCUGCACUGUGGCAAUCAGCAGAACGUGAAGUCCCUCUUCCUCCCCCUAGGGGACAAGAACAGUAACUACAAACUAACCAUAUCCGUGUCUGUGAAGAACACAGAGGGACUUACCAUCAGUACCGCACUGACCCCACGGGUGACAGACGCCAGCUCAGACCCUAAACUGAAGGACCUCCAGGCGCUGGUGUCGGAACAGGUGGCACACCUGAAGCAGGAAGGUGACCUCUCCGGGGUGGCCCUGUCACAGAUGUACCAGUCUGUGUCCGCCCUACUGAACGAGGGAACUGGGGGCAAUAGCCAGAAGGGUGCCAGGAUGGAGCUCAGGGAGGAGAUGUUGGGCAACAUGUCCGCCGCUCUACAUGGCGCCCCCCCCAUGAACCCCCUUGAAGUGCAGGUGACUGGUGAGGCCCUGGUAGGACUCACAAACCAGGCGGAUGAGCUCACUCCCUCUGCUCAGGUACAUGCGAGCACCCUAUUGGCCAACCUCAGCCACGCCCUGAUCUCCGUGAACGUCACGGGCAGCGAGGGAGCUGCACAAGUGGCGCAGGCAGCCGAGCCUGUCGUCAUGACAGCCAGUAACAUCCUCACGUCCUCUGCGACUUCAAGUAACAAGCAUGAGAUAUCUGGCCUCCUGCUCAACACCAUAGGCAAUGUGCAAACUGCCCUGCUGGCUGGGAAGAACCCUAAUGAACCGCCUGCUGUCUUUAGCACCCCGAAAAUCACGGUUUAUGUCAACAGGAUGUCUUCAGAUCACAUCCAGGAGCAAGAGUUCACUGUCCAGAACAGCAGCUCUGCCAGCUUCACCUUCCCUGCUGAGGCGAGAAAUGUCCUGCCUGCUGAUGAGCCUGUGGAUGUGCGGAUGAUGAGCUUCGGGGUGAACCCGUUCUCCUGGAGCGGGGACGAUCCCAUCAGCGGGACUGUGGGGGCGCUGUCCCUCACCAGAGAGGAUGGCUCUGUCAUUCCUGUGGGAAACCUGACCAAUGACAUUGAGAUCCUUUUGCCGAGACCCGAGGCCACGCAGGUGAACAGUACGGUCCUGGACCUGGGGAACUUCAGCACAGUGGCUAUUAACGUCACCGCGCCCAACGUGUCCCUGGUGCUGAGGCUGGACCCCUCCGAGGACAUCGCCCUGCAGCUGCUCCUUGGAUUCCAGGCCUACCCCAACGACACCUACCACGAGGCCUUAACACAGCUGCCACAAGAGGGCGCCCCUCAAGGGGAGCAGUACACGUGGGUGCUGGGUCCAGACGAAAUGGCCGCAGGAGUUGGGGUGUACUAUCUGGUGGUGAGACCCAUUGUGGAGGCAGGGGUCAACUCCACUAACGCCACUGUGUCUGUCACGUCCAUUGCGGCUCAGUGCAUGUACUGGGAUGAAACUGAAACAGGCUGGAACGAUCACGGAUGCAGGGUUGGGCCCCUCACCACCCCUUUUGUCACUCAGUGCUUAUGUAACCACCUGACAUUUUUCGGGAGCUCGUUCUUCGUCAUGCCCAAUGUCGUGGAUGUCUCGCGCACGGCCGAGCUGUUCGCCACCUUCGUCAACAACCCCGUGGUGGUGUGCUUCGUGGGCGCCAUUUUCCUGGUCUACCUCUUGGUGGUGGUGUGGGCUCGGAGGAAGGACAUCCAGGACUCCGCCAAGGUGAAGAUCACCGUUUUAGAGGACAAUGACCCUCUGGCUCAGUACCGCUACAUGCUAACCGUUAGCACAGGGCACCGAAGAGGGGCCUCCACUUCAGCACAGGUCACGGUGACCCUGCUGGGCUCAGAGGGCGAGAGCGAGCCUCAUCACCUGACCGACCCUGACAAGCCAGUGUUUGAGAGAGGAGGCGUGGACAUGUUCCUGCUGACCACGCCCUUCUCGCUGGGAGAACUUCAGAGCAUCAGGCUGUGGCACGACAACUCGGGAGGGUACCCUGCAUGGUACAUCAACAAGGUGAUGGUGCAGGACCUGGAGACAGGGCAGAAGUGGUACUUCCUGUGUAACUCCUGGCUGGCCGUAGAUAUGGGCGAAUUUGUCCUGGACAAGGUCUUUCCUGUUGCCACAGAGAUGGAUCUGAAAAGGUUCAGCAACCUGUUCUUCAUGAAGACCGUGAAGGACUUCCGCGACGGGCACAUCUGGUUCUCCGUGAUCAGCCGGCCCCCGAGCAGCAACUUCACCCGCGUGCAGCGGGUCUCCUGCUGCUUCUCCCUGCUUCUCUGCACCAUGCUGACCAGCAUCAUGUUCUGGGGAAUCCCCAAGGACCCGUCCGAGCAGACCAUGGACCUCGGUCAGAUUGAGUUCACCUGGCAGCAGGUGAUGAUCGGCAUCCAGAGCUCAGUCAUCAUGUUUCCCGUAAAUCUCCUCAUCGUGAGCAUCUUCCGGAACACCCGACCGCGGGAGAAGAAGCCAGACCAGCCCACAAAGCACCCCAAGACGGAGUCUGCCAAGCAAGGCAAGAUCGGCCGCGUGUCCCCCUCCCAACCGCCGUCACCGGAGAGCGGCCACAGGGAAAUCACACCUGAUGCCGUCAUCAAGGACAUUAAGAGGAUAGCACAGUCCCUCUCUAAGGCCAUGAAGAGCCCCAUUCCUCAGCUGGAGAAAGAAUUCGGGAGGACGGCUGACAUCAACACCCUGCUGUCCGUGGUGGAGGAGAUCGUCCGGCAGCAGAACCGAGCGGGCGGAGAGUUCUACAGCGACAGCUGCAAGAAGGAAGGAGCCAUGGCUCUUUCACUGGGAGCGGUCAACCUGCAAGGUGCAACUCCACACCAAACCUCUGCCCAGAAACGGAAUGACUACAGCCAGUACCUGUACCGGCAACUGCUGCAUGUGGAGAAGGAGCUGGAGCUGCUUGGUCCGGCCCGCUUCUCCGACCCAAGCAGCCAUAGCCGGGCAGUCAGGCAGGUGCAGGGGAUGAAGGGGCUUCUGGAGUCGCACCUGUCCUCCUCCAGCUCCGCCGGGGACGCCCUGGCUCGCAGCCCCAGCCCGUCAGAGGGUGAGGCCCGCAGUCGGUGCUGCCAGGGGGGCCUGCCCUGGUGGUUCAUGUUCGUGGGCUGGCUCCUGGUGGCGGCCACCAGCGGCGUGUCGGCCUACUUCACCAUGAUGUACGGCCUGACAUACGGCAAGGACCGCUCCAUCAGCUGGCUCAUCUCCAUGGUGGUAUCCUUCUUUGAGAGCCUCUUCAUCACUCAGCCUAUCAAGGUGCUGGGUUUUGCUGCCUUCUUUGCCUUGGUGCUGAAAAAGGUUGAUCAAGAGGAGUAUGGGGGUGGUCUCCUUGAAGGAGCCCUUGCAAGUUCAGCUGAUCCGGAUGUGGUUCUGGGAGCUCGGCGGGACAGCACCUGCAGCUUCUACCAGCCUCCUCCCCCCACAGACAUCGAGAGGAUGAGGAACAACAUGAUCAAGGAGCAGAAGGUCUUUGCACUUAUCAGGGAGAUCCUCGCCUACAUGGGGUUCAUGUGGAUGCUGCUCUUGGUGGCGUAUGGCCAGCGGGACCCGAACGCCUUCUUCCUGACUCGUCACAUAGAGCAGAGCUUCAGCAAUGGGGUCCCCGACACCUUGAGCCUUAAAGAUGUGUUCACCUGGGCUAACACCACUCUUCUCAGUAACCUCUUCGGGGAGUACCCAGGGUUCAUCACGGAUGGGAACUCUAAGCUGGUGGGUAGCGCUCGUAUUCGGCAGGUGAGGGUGCGGAAGAACUCCUGCCGCAUCGCCCGAUCCAUGCGUCAGUCCGUGGCAGACUGCAAUGCCCCUUACUCUUGGGAGGUGGAGGACAUGGGCUCGUAUGUACCGGGCUGGAACCGCUCUGCUGAUACCAACUCCUCACAGGCUCCCACCCCCUGGCAGUACCAGAGCCAAGCCCGGCUCAGGGCCCACCCCAUAUGGGGCAGCUUGGUGCUGUACAGGGGAGGGGGGUUCGUGGCUGACCUGGGCCCAGACCUACAGAAUGGCAGCAGCGUGCUUCAGUACUUGUUUGACAACACCUGGCUGGACAUGUAUACGCGGGCGGUUUUUGUGGAGUUCACAGUCUACAACGCUAACGUCAACCUCUUCUGUAUUGUCACUCUAAUGCUGGAGACCACUGCUGUGGGGGCCUUCCAGUACCGCACUGAGUUGCAGAAUGUACGCCUCUACCAGUCUACUGGUGGUCUGCAUAUCUUCGUCAUGGCCUCUGAGGUCAUAUACUUCCUCUUCAUCCUCUACUACAUGUUUGUCCAGGGCAAGCUGAUGAGGCAGCAGAAGUGGGCCUACUUCAGCAGCAAGUGGAACCUUCUGGAGCUGGCCAUCAUCAUCCUCAGCUGGAGCGCGCUGUCCGUCUUCAUCAAGAGGACGCUGCUGGGGAACAGAGACGUGGAGUACUACCAAAACCACCAAGACGAGUUUGCCAGUUUCUACGACACGGCGGCAGCAGACGCAGUACUGGGCUACCUGAUCGCCUUCCUGGUGCUGCUGGCCACAGUCAAGCUCUGGCACCUGCUGCGGCUCAACCCCAAGCUGCACAUGAUCACCUCCACGCUGCAGAGGGCCUGGACCGACAUCUCCGGCUUCAUCACCGUCAUGACCAUCAUGUUCCUGGCUUACUCCAUCGCUUCAAAUCUGAUGUUUGGCUGGAAGUUGUACUCAUACAGGACCCUCCUUGACGCUGCUCAGACCAUGGUCAGCUUGCAGCUGGGCAUCUUUAACUAUGAGGAGAUCCUGGACUAUAACCCCGUGCUCGGUGCCUUCCUCAUCGGCUCCUGCAUCGUCUUCAUGACCUUUGUGGUGGUCAACCUCUUUAUCUCCGUCAUCCUGGUGGCAUUCAGCCAGGAGCAACUGCACCACAAGCCCUCAGAAGAGGAGGAGAUUGUUGAUCUCAUGCUGAUGAAGCUCUGCAGUCUCUUCGGAAUCAAGUGCAAAAAAGAUGAGAAAGAUGGUGUGGACGGAAGGAAAGAAAACAGCCCUGAAGCCCCCACAACCAAAAGAGCACACACUGAUUAGCAGCUCAUAUGUAUGUAGAUGUCAAAUAAAUCAAGAGUGUAUUUUUAUGAGCUAUGAAAUUUCAGGCUCUCAAAUGGAUGUCUAGUAGUGCAACACAUGUUGAAUCAAGAUUCCCCAAGUGCGUCUCUUCUAGCUGUCCCUAUGAUUAAAAAUAUGCAUGUAUACCUAAAGUUUGAAAUGUGCUUUUGACUUAAAAUACAGCUGCUUUUCAGUUCCAUUCUAUAAUAAUACAAUA